AUGGGUAACAUGAUGCGAGGCGUAAGCACCUGUAACAGCCUUACUAGCAGGGAUGACAGCACUGUUUGGAAAGGCUCCGAGGACGACUUGGCGAUUGUGCUUUCCGACUACCCCAAUUCUGACAUCAGUGAACCUAUCUUCAGGAUUGGAGAGAAGCUCAACAUUGUCACUAGAGAGGCCUACUGGUGUAAAGUCCGUUCGCUCUGUACGGGAAAGGAAAAUUUAAUUCCCAGAAAUUUUGUGGCAAAAUUGUAUCACGGGUGGCUUUUCGAAGGCGUGACGAGGCAGAAGGCCGAGGAGCUUCUACGUCUACCCGGGAACAGAGUAGGCUCCUUUCUGGUACGGGAGAGCUCCACAGAGCGAGGUGCGUAUGUGCUGUCAGUCAAACACAGCACCAUACGGCACUAUCGUAUCUCCCGAUUGGACAACCAUUGGUACUACAUAUCCCCGGGCCUCACUUUCCAGUGUUUGGAAGACAUGAUCAACUACUACUCUGAUUUUGAACACGGCCUGUGCUGCGUGUUGACAUCACCGUGUCAGUCCAACCAAACGGUGGCCCCGGCAGACGCUCCGCCGGUCGUCAUGAGACGUCACAAGAAAAACGACAGGAUACAGCCGACAAGCAGUGGCAGCAACGAUGCCAUGCUGAGCUACGGCGUAAGGAACAGCAUGGCCGCCUACCUGUCCUUCUCCGGGUGCGAAGAAGCCCAAAGCAUGAAAGCAGGAAGCAGGCGGAAGAAAAGCAAAUCUGUUUACUUGCUCCCUGAAAAUGGCCCGAUGAACCUUGACUACCGUGAUAUUUAA